UCACAAAACGGAUGGAUCUCCACAACUUUUAGUCACAUCUGUUGAACAUGGCAAGAUAAAGGCAAUGACAAGUCAAGAGAAAGAUGAACAAAAUAAGACAGGAUCAAGGAAAAGACCCCAUGAAAGGGAUGAAAAAGAUAGUGAAAAAGACAGCGGAAAGGUCGCUUGUGAGCAUGCACCUGAACAGGAUGAUGAAAGCUUCAUCAAGAACUUAUUGUCAGUCAAGUCAUUCAAAGAGCAAAAGAGCAAUGAAGUUGGGAAGGAAAUCUUUGACCUACUUAAUAUGCCAACUGCCAAAGAGCAAUCCCUGGCAGAAAAGUUUAAAUCUGCAAGCGGCACAGUACAAGAAUUCUGCCCUCAUGGGACACGAGAGGACUGUGAGAGGGUGGCCGGGAGCAAUACUGUUCGUUGUAGCAAG